GGCGCGCCCCCAGCGGCGGCCGGGGGAAGUGCGCCCGCCGCCGGUCGCGCGGCAACGGGCCGCGUCCCGCGCGGGGCCAUGGCGGAGGCGGUGCCGGCCCGCCGCGUCUUCCUCAACCACCUCGACUCGUACUGCGGCCGCAGCAUCGGAGAGUAUUUAUCCACCUGUGUUGUUGGGGCGACGCUUGAAAACCCAGAUGAAGAAGAGGAGGAAGAUGAACAUGGUUCAGAUACUGAGUUACGCUUGGCCUCAGAGGAAGGAUAUGAAAUAGUGGGUACUCUUUCUAAACCAGAGAGUACUAAUCCACAUUUUGCAAAGGAAACAUAUGCAGUUUCUUCUCGAGAGGCAUUGUUAAGCCACUUGCUUGAGUGUGAAAUUGUUUUAUAUAAUAUCACUGAGGAUGCAAGCCAAAUUGAGGAAGCAACAUGGGCUGCUUCUGCCCUACAUAAGGAACUAAACACUUUUGCAAAACAAAAGUUAUUCAUCCUCAUUUCAACAAUAAUGACCUGGGGAAAUACCAAACCUAUUGACCCUGAAGAUCCUGAGGCUCCUUUUGAUGAUGAAACGUUUCCCAAAAGAAGAUCUCAUCCUAACUUUAUGGAUUACAUAAAUGCUGAAAAACACAUUGUAAAACUCGGGAAAACUAAAAAAGAAAAGUUUUCAACUUACGUUGUUGCCUCAGGACAUCAAUAUGGAGCUGAGGAAGAUCUCUUUCACUAUUUUUUUAAGAUGUGUUGGCUUGGUGAGACUCCUGCAAUACCUGUUUUUGGAGAUGGAAACAAUUUUAUUCCAACCAUUCAUAUUCGUGAUUUAGCAGCAGUGUUGCAAAAUGUAGCAGAACACAAGCCAGACUUACAGUACUUACUUGCAGUAGAUACAUCGAUGCACACGCUUGAAGAAAUAAUAAAGUGUAUCAGUAAAAAUGUUGGACCAGGAAAAAUUGAGAAGGUUCCCAAAGCAAAUGCAUUCGUGAGCAAAGAGCUAACACAAAAGCAAUUGGAUAUGUUGUUUGUGAACCUGCGAAUGCACCCUUUUUAUGUGAAAGAGAAUUUCAACAUUAAGUGGGUUGCUGAGGAAGGACUGAUAGAAAACAUUGCACAAGUUGUCACAGAAUACAAGCAAACUCGAGGAUUACUGCCUCUCAAAGUUUAUAUUCAUGGUCCUCCUGCAUCUGGCAAAUCUACCAUUGCUAAGGAGCUCUGCAAACAUUAUAAUCUACAUUAUGUUAGGACAAAUGAUGUGAUUUCUGAAAAAAUUGCAGAUCUGGAGCAAAUUGUGGCUAAAGAAUCUGAAAGGGUAGAAGUACCAGGAGAAGAAGGAGAAGAUGUACAGGAGGAUGAGGAGAGUGAAAAUGUGGAAGAAGCAAGGGAAUUAUUAGAGGCAAUAAAAGAAAACAUGAAACAGAAUAAAGGUCAUCUAAGUGAUGAGUAUCUUAUUAAAAUUAUGAAGGACAAGCUCAUGUCUAUGCCUUGUAGGAACCAGGGAUACGUUUUAGAUGGGUUCCCAGAGACCUAUCAACAGGCAACGGAUCUUUUUAAAGUUGACGAUGAUGAAGCAGAAGAGGAAGAGGACAAACCAAAAGGCAAAAUGCCUAAAUUUAAUAAAAUGAUCAUACCUGAAUUUGUUUUUUCUUUGACUGCAUCUAAUGAAUUCCUUAUAAACAGAAUAAUGAAUCUGCCAGAGAGUGAAGUUUCUAGAAGAGGUUAUACUGAGAUACAUUUCCUGCAAAGCCUGAAACGCUUCCGCAAUUUAAAUGCCCAUGAUACGACAGUUCUCAACUAUUUUGAUGAACUUGAAAUACAUCCUCAGUUUAUUGAUAUAGCUGUAUAUGAAGACUCUGAGAACAGACUUGCUGUACCAAAGAUCAUCAAAGAAAUUGGAGAACCUCGGAAUUAUGGUUUGACAGAUGAAGAAAAGGAGGCUUUGGAACGUGAAGCAGCUGUGGAACGCAUUGUCAGAGAAGCUCAAGAAAAAGCUGAACAAGAGCAUAAAGAAGCUAAGGAAAGGGAAGAAAGAAUGGCAAGAUGGGAAGAAUGGGUCUCCUCCCGGUACUUGAGAAGGCUGCAGGCUCUCCCGGAAAAGUCCUUUGUUUCUUUCUGAAUGGAGGUGCCUGCCUUUUUUCAGAGUUGUUAGUUUCAACAUCUGCUGCAAGGUUUCCUAAAACAUAGACUUUUACCUGAUACAAAUUUAUACAGUUUUAUAGUUUUCCAAUUUACCAUAAGAACAUGAAUUAAUCAUUUCACAUUUUUCACAUAUAUAUGACUCAGGCUACUGAUGAAUAAAAUGAGUAUAAAUAAAGAGGGGACAAUGAAAAUGAGUUGGAGUAAUCUGGCUAAAACUGCUGCAAGUAUGCAUGCUACUAAAUGCUAUUGAAUGGAAGGAAGAAAAGCUUGCAGCAGUUUUAUUCCCUCGUCCUGAUAUCAUAGGGUUAAGAUGUUUCUAAAAUCAUGGGAAUUGUAUACAAUAGAUUAGGGGGGGGUGGAAAGAGAGGUUGGGCCUGGUAGGCCCUGGGAAAGGGAGCCAGGGCUGGGUAGGCCCUGGGAAUGAAAUGUUGAGCUUUGUCUUUACUGCAUCAUGUGAAACUGCACCUGCAUAAUCAUUAUAUGAUAAAUGAUAUGAUUGUUAAAUGCCAUGAUUGUUUGGUAAUUAAAUACGAUUGUUGUUUAGUUGUAACUAGAAUCAUGAGAAACAAUGUUUGGGGGCCUGAUGAAAAUUUCAAGAAUUCAUGCUUGGGUAAGAUCAAUGUGUACAAUAUAACUGUGAUAAAUGCCAAUAACUCACUUCUUGAAAUUUAUGAAAAUUUAAUAAAGAAUAAAAAUUGGUUACAAAAAAGUUAAUACAAUAAUAAAAGUUUAAAAAGUUUUCAGAGACAGGACAAAUAAUGAGACAAAUAAGAGCAAAGAAGGUAGCCCGGGUCUACCGUCCCCCCUCCCUCUCAGACAAAGGCUGUGAAGGAGAAGGGCCCCCUUCGGGAGGAAUGUCCCCUUUUUGAAGACCAAAAUUUCAAAAUUAUGCAAUCUUUAUCUUAAGACAGACCCGUUUGCCCAGAGUCCCCCUUCUAAUCCUGGGCGUCCAGGAGUUGGGCUUGACCAGGUGGUUCGUGUGGAUUCAGUCUGGGUUGACCAGGUGGCUUCUGUGGAUGCAGGGAGAUAUGCAUUUUGUCUUCUGAAAGUCCUAAGGGGAGGGUUCUCUUCUUCUUGUUGUAACUGUUAUCUCUGUUGAGAAACACCUCUGGGCCUC